CGCCGCCUUGCUCUUCCGGCGCGGGUCCCGCUCUUCCGGUCGCGAGUAGCCGGGGUGUAGAGGGCGGUCGCGGCGGUCGCCAGGGUAGCGGUGGCAGGUGACGGCGGGUGUCGGCCUUUGGCAGUGGAAUGUUGGCUACCAGGGCACUUAGCCUAAUUGGCAAGAGGGCCAUUUCCACUUCAGUGUGUGUUCGAGGACAUGGGAGUAUUGUGAAGAGUGAAGACUAUGCUCUCCCUGCUUAUGAGGAUCGGCGUGACUACCCGUUGCCUGAUGUGGCCCAUGUCAAGCUGCUGUCUGCCAGCCAGAAGGCCCUGAAGGAGAAGGAGAAGGCUGACUGGAGCAGCCUGUCCAGGGAUGAGAAAGUUCAGUUGUACCGCAUCCAGUUUAAUGAGAGCUUUGCUGAGAUGAACAGGAGCACCAAUGAGUGGAAGACAGUUGUGGGCAUGGCCAUGUUCUUCCUUGGCUUCACUGCCCUCGUUUUGAUUUGGGAGAAGAGCUAUGUGUACGGCCCCAUCCCUCAUACCUUUGAUCGUGAGUGGGUGGCCAUGCAGACCAAACGGAUGCUGGACAUGAAGGCCAACCCCAUUGAGGGCUUCUCCGCCAAGUGGGACUACGACAAGAACGAGUGGAAGAAAUGAGACCCCUGCUCGCCAGCUUCCUCCCUCCCUCGGCAUGCUGGAGGCUGCUGUGUCCAACGGUCCAUGCUAAUAAAUGACCAGUUUACGUGA